AAAACGCCAACUUAAGGGUUCAAUAAAGUCUCACUCUGUGCCCUGUUACAGGUUGAUGUAGCAUCAUUGGGUAGAACCAGGCUCAUAACUCCGUGAGCAAAAGCAGUUGGACAACAGAUCACUUUGAAACUUGAUUAACGUUACCAUGCAGGCUCAUAUGGUGUUAUGCAUACAAUGAAGGAAAAACAUUCCAUCUAAAAAUACUAUUUAGUUGUUAAUCGGUUACGAUGGAGAUUUUGCGGGAUGAAGAAGAGCAAGAGCUUAAAUAUAAACGUACAGGUCGUUUGGACAUGAGCCACGGUUUCUUACACCACAUUCGAAGAAACCAAAUUGCCAGAGAUGACUAUGACAAGCAGGUGAAGCAGGCCAGUGAGCGUCAGAGGGCCAGGCACACCACUACCCCACGACGCCCCCGACGGCCAGACAUCCAGGUGUACCAUCCUCGACGCGGAAAUGGAUCAGAGCCAGGAGGGGGUGCAGAGAAUGAAGAGUGGAAUGAGAGUGGGUCGAGUACAGAGCCAGAGACCCAUGGAACUGAGCUCUUCUGGCUAGACUACCAGGCAGACUCUGGCCGUGUCACCUCCUUCAUUGUACACAAGGAGGACAUGCCAGAGAGCGUGGUGGAGCGUGUAGCGGAGGAGAAUGUUCUAGACCCAGCCAUGAGAGUGGCACUGCAGAGUCGUGUUCGAAAGGAAAUGGAUAAACGACAAGACAAAUGCUAAAGGAAGAGAGUGUUGUUAAGAGUGAGAAGGGAGAGUGACGGUUCAGAAAUAGGACAUCUCUGUUUACCCACCAAGCAACCAUCUCCCUGUGCGUAAUGAUUGCUAGUAGCAGAGGACUUCUGUAAACCCACAUCCUGAUGGCCAGACAGACUGUCAAGUGACUUCAAACAGCCAUACCGUCCCUGUUAUGCUAGUGUACAACCAUGGGAAAUAGGCUGACUUACAGAAGGGAACAAAUGGAGUGUAUUUAUAGUCUGUAUUUUGGAUGGCAUUUCUGACAUUGUGUCAUGUCUGUGGGGGGCCUUGUGUGACUGACAUUCUCUUGUGGUUGAAUGUGCCAUUGGCUGUCAACCUGCUCCGAAGGACAGCACUGAGAACGACAUGGACCCUGUUCUUAUUAUCCUUCUCUAAGCCACACCAGGCGCACACAGUCACAUUCUUAGCCCUUCAGAGAGUGUGCUGUGUUUCCUUUGUUUACAAGAUCAACGUUUUGUUCAUGCAUAUGUGGUUUGAAUAUAUAUUUCUUUUGUUGUUGCUGUGAAUAGGAGGUAAUAGCAGAUUUUUGGUUUUCAUGAAAAGUUACCUUUUUAUUUGCUUUCUGCAGUGCUCCAUUUGAGAUCACUUGACUGAAGUGAUAUUUUUGUGUUUUGUGAUGAAUCAGUGUGGCUGGAAAGCAAAUCGAUAAUGUAGCAGUUUGUGUAAAUGUGCAGUGGUCAGCACUUCUCUAUUUUCUAAUUUAUUUUUUAUUGGCCUAAAUGAGAGUUUUAUUUUUGAUACUGUAAUCUUCUGGGGAGGUCCUUAUUGUUUUAGUUUUACAUAUUAAAUAUAGUUAUUUUCCAAAAGGUA